GAGUGUAUGCGUUGUAUAUUGAUAAAGUUAACAUUAUUACGUGAUGGACAUAGAUGCUUUCUUUUUGUAUAUUAUACUCCAAUUCUUAUGUUAACUUUUAAUCAUUUAAUUAGUCAUAAAAGUUAAUUAUUGAAAGAUGAGUGAUUCUGGAGAUUGCGUUAAAUAUAAGUGGAUCCCCGAGAGCACCGCAUUACUUGUAUCAGUUUGGUCGGAUAGACAAGUACAGAAACAAUUUGAAUAUACUUCAAAACCGCAAUUGAUUUGGGAAAGCGUUGCACGUUAUAUGAAGAAAAAGGGAUAUAAUGUUUCUGCUAAACAAUGCCGAUCUCGAAUGAAACAGGUUUUGGUAUGUUACCGUGAAGCUAAAAGAGCUGGUACUCGAGCGGGUGUAGAACAAUAUUAUGAAUCAAUAGAUCGAGUUCUUAAAAACAAGCGUUUGGAAGGAAAUAACUUAGACGGCGUAGACACUGUAGAUGCAAUGAUGAAUGUUAAAUCUCCACCAAAAGAUAUUAAAACAAAUAAAAACUUACAAAUGAGAUACAGAUUUCAAGAGCCUCCGCAGUCGCUCCAUCAUACAGAAGCAUUGUCUCCUAUAUGGACAUUAGGACGUGAAAAUGAAUAUCCCGAUUCUCCCGAGUCAAACGAAACUGUAAUAGCUCGGCCUUAUAGAGUCUUUUCUCCAACAAGAGAUGUAGCUAUUAAUACCGACGACCAAUUAGGUCAAAUGGCUGGCAGGUCCACGCAAUGCGAUUCUUUUCCAGAAGAAAUAUUGCGUCCAAGUUACGAUUCAAAUUUAUUGCCUGGUUAUCCUUAUGUUGAAAUACCCUUUCAAAAUACAGUGCAAAAUGUACAAAAUCAUAUAAUUCAAGAAAAUAUGCAGCAACAUCAAAAUUUACAACAAACUGGUAUAUGCAAUGAACAAAAUAUGUUAGUAAAUAAUCUAGCUUUUCAACAAAAUCUACAUAACUUGAAUCAAAAUUUAACAACUCAAUUUGCAAAUAUACCAGUUAAUCCAAUGACAGUACAAAGUUGUAAUUUAAAACAUGUAAUGCAGCAACGAAAUAAUUUACAACAUACAACGCGUGCAAAUAAUCGUGCGAUGCCUCAAGAACCACAAAAACUUGCACUUAGCCGAGAUUUAAGAGCUGCAUAUAAACAACAAUAUGGUAAUAUAUUAACUCAUAUGCCUGCUGUAAUGGAUACAAAAAAUGGUGGAUGUUUAUCUCCAGAUUAUUUACCAGAUGCAUCUCAACAUUUAAAUGAUGCUUUUUGCCAAUCAAAGAACGAUGAAAAAACACAUAAUAUAAAUGACGGUUUUUGCGAGUCAAAAAACGAUGAAAAAGUACACAAUUUAAAUGAAAGCUAUAAUCAAUCUACACAAGUACCAAAUCCUGAUAUUUCUGUAAUAACAAAUAAUGCAACAUGUAACGAUGAUAGCCUUUUAUUGGAGUUUUUACUGAAUUCAUCGACUCCAUCGGAAAGUGAUAACAAAUCGAAGGAUGCUGAAGUUAAUACAGAAAAUAUUCCACAUGUACCAGUCAGAAAAAAGAAAGCACAAAAAUUAGAGCAGCUCUUUCUGAGUGCAAUUAAUUCUCAAAACGAAGCUGUUAAUAAGAUCCUUGCAGCACAAAAUGAUAUACUAACAAAGUUCUUAGAUAUAGAUAGAGAUCGUCAAAAUAGAUUUGAAUGUCGAGUAGAUGAUUUACUGAAAGUCGUUCAUACUUCUGUACAUAGAAAACAAAAUUCUGAAACAGAUGUCGAAAUACCUCCACCGCAGAUAGAACCUAUAAUAACAUCAUUAGUGCCUCCUCCAAGGCCUGGAGCACCUCCUCCAAAGUUGGACUUGGUUCCUCCAAAACCAUGCAGAGUUCCUUGUACAGUGCCAAAUUCUAAUAUUGAAUUAAUCAAUCAAAACCCUAUAGCAACAAGACCAGGUGUUGUUUCACCAAUAACUAGUCCAGUAAAAAAGCCUGGUACUAUAUGGUCAAAAUUAGGACCAGUAUCGCAAUCUCCUUUUGUCAAAGCUCAACAACGAUUAGGCUACCAAUCUGCGUCAACUACAAACACUCGCACUCAGUCCUCCGCAGAAAGACGUAUAGCUAGAGAAAUGGAAAACAUUGCUAUGAAUAUACAAGCUGUAAAAUUUGAAACUACGAAAUUCUUAGAAAUGGAAAAACGAUUAGAGGAGACAAUAGAAAAUGCUCGUCUUGAAGCGACGAUAGGUCAGACCUUACAUGCGCGUAGACAAUUAUUUAUACAAAGAGAACCUACUGCUGCUGUAGUAUUGACUGCAGCAUUUUUGGAAAAUGAACGUCGCACUUCGGAACAAAUUAUGAAUAAUUACGACAUGCUUAAUAUAAACGAAGGUAAUUUAAAAACUAUUGAAGAUGACUUGUUAGCUGGCCAAGGAGAAAGUUAUGAACAUUUACGAAAACUAACUAUUCAACCUACAGAUGUAGUACCCGGUGAACCUUGUAAUACUUCUACACCAGCAAAAUUAGGAACCGUUUCUAAUAACAGACAAGAAACAUCUGUAGCAGUCCCAAAACAAACAAUUCAACAAUUGGCUCAGCUUGUAAUGAAUACCGGAAGGUGGAAAGAUCUUGCAGCACAAAAUGAACAAAAAAAUUCGGUGCGCACGAUUCAAGGAAAUGUACGAACGGACGAGAACGUUCGCGCGGUUGGUUAUAAUGAAGAAUUUCCAACCGCACAGCCUAAUACUAUGUCAAGAGAAAAUCAAAUUAAAGAUGACAAAAGUUAUGUUCGAGAUUGGAUGUUAAAUAGAUAUGGAGUUACAGCAAAUGAACAGAAAACAGUGUAUGGACCACCAUCGUGUAAUACAGUAAAUAAAAAUAAUAAAUUCCCUAUAGGUUUCACAACUACAAUGUUAGACACUGAAAACCCGAAACAGAAAGAUUCGAAUAGCGAAGUUUGUAAACCACUUGAUUAUAACAAUCAUGUUUUACCGGGUGGUAAACAACAAAGUGUUCGUUUUAUGGAUGAAGCGCUAGCUGAAUUACAUCGUAUGUACAUGGAAAGGGUUUCCAAAGAACAACAAGAAAUUAAUGAUAGUUUACCAUAUGCGACAGGUAAUGGUAACGCUACUAUUUCGGUUAAAAAUCGACAAAUGAUUGAAAAGUAUAUACAUGAAAUAAUGCCUAGAAAGCAAUUCGGAGAUAAUAAAGACAAAGAUACUGAUUCAGAUAACGAUGAAUUUUUGGACACUACUGCUACUAUGCCCACAAUUGUACCACGUCGAGGAUCCCUUACAUCCACUGGUACUGGAUCAACGGGAACUACACAUUCCAUAAAAUUCUCAAAGCCAGAUAACUGCAUAAUCAGUUAAUUAUAUUAACAUUAAAAAUUCCAGCCAAUACACGAGAUUAUAGGAAAAAGGUAGAAUUAUAAUACUACUUUUCCCAACGUAAUAUAAAUCAUACUUUUUGAAACAUGAAUAUAUAUUACAUUUGACAGUCGGUCAAAUAGGUAUACGUAUACGUGCAAUAAUUUUCGUUUCAUAAAAGGUAUUUAACACUUUUACUGCGUAUGAUGACCGCGGAUGGUGUAUUUCGAUUUCCGAUGUUUCAUUUCAAGUACAAAAUCAUCCCGCUUGUGUUCGCAGUAAUAAUAUUACAGAUUUGUAAAACAAAGAUCGAGGAUUUGCUUGUUACGUUCAUUCGAAAAAUCACAAGUCACUGAUACGCGGUAAAAAUGUUAAAAAAGGGGGAUUACUUUUUUCUAUACUAAUAAGAAAUUGAUUUUCUUUAAUUAUCAGCAAUGAUGCAUGUGUUGCUUCAGCAAUAAAAUCACAAAUGCUUUUUUAAUCGAUUCUUUGUUUCGU